UCGUGCGUUGCGCUUUAACAAAAAAAAAAGUUAAAAUGUUAUUGUUUAAAUAAUGGCAAACGCGUUGUACACUUGUUGUCUAGUCAUAAGCGCCGUCGUGGCUCUGGCCGAAAUCUGUAGCAAAGCUCAACGCGCGGGUUUGAGUUGUCAGCAGCAUGAAGUGCAAACCGCCGAUGGUUAUCAGCUGAGCAUGCAGCGCAUACCGCCGCCGCUUAACGCCAGUUGCGAAUCGCAGCUACUGCCUUUUGUCUUAAUGCACGGACUAAUCGGCUCGGGUGCUGAUUAUUUGGUGGGCGCCAGCGCUUUGGCUUUGCGACUGCAUGCAAAUUGCUUUGAUGUUUGGCUGCCCAAUGCGCGUGGCUCGACGGCGUCGCAACGUCAUCGCGAUAUGCGCGCCAGCGAUUCCGCAUUCUGGCGCUUUAGCUUUCACGAGAUCGGCGUCUAUGAUCUGCCCGCCAUACUGGAGCAUGUGCUGCAGGUUACGGGUCAGCAGCAGCUGCACUAUGUGGGGCAUUCUCAGGGCACCACAGUGCUGCUCGUGCUGCUCUCACAAUUUCCAAGCUACAAUGCGCGCAUUGCCAGCGCCAAUUUGCUGGCGCCUGUGGCUUAUUUGCAGCACAUGAGCAGUGCGCCGUUGCUAUUGCUCGCCAAUCAAGCAGCUGCUGUACAACUGCUGCUGGAGCGUCUGGGGCUGUUUGAGCUGCUGUCGGCACGCGAUGUAACCAAGUUGGGCGGCCGACGGUUUUGCGGGCACGCAUCGAGCACCUUUGCGCUCUGCAUGUUGCUCACAUCGCUCUACGUGGGCUUCAGCGAAUAUCCGCUGGAUCGACACAUCUUCGCCAGCAUUCUGGAGACAACACCGGCGAGCAUGUCACGUGACCAACUGCUGCACUUUGGCCAGCUCAUCAGCAGCGGUAAAUUUCAGCAUUUCGAUUAUCAAUCAGCAAGUCUGAAUUCCAGAUACUAUGGCCAAGCCACACCACCAGCAUAUAAUUUACAAAAUGUCCGCAUCAAAGUGCAAUUAUUCUAUGGCCAGCAUGACGCGCUAACCAGCCGCAAGGAUGUGCAACGACUGGCUCAGGAGCUGCGCAAUUGUCGCGUCGAGCUUUACGAGGUGCUUGGCUAUAAUCACAUUGACUUUCUAUUUUCCCCAACAGCAGCACAGAUUCUAUAUGAGGGGCUCAUUCAGCGCGCCAAAGCCAUAAGGACAAAUCCUACUUAGUACUAAGCAACACUAAUUGAAUUUAUUACAACUGUUUAACUAAUU